AUGGGGAAAGAAACGUCUCAGCCCUAUAAGGCUGAUAUUUACGGACAUGAUUCAGAAGCUAGCAAUGCUGCUGCUUCUUCCUCUUCAUCCGCUGGUCUCCUUAGCCAUAUGGACCAAGAAUAUGCCGAGGAAGAUCUUCCGACUUACGAAGAAACAUCCUCAUCGGCACCUCUUUUUCCGCGGAUUGACAAUCCACCUGCCCACGGCGUCGGUUGGUACAUUCCUCCACCCGACCUUGCUUUCUCUUCGCACGACUAUAGUUCAUCCAAUUUCUGGACGAGGUUUCCAAAUUACUCUACAGAUCCCGAUGCUCUCCGCCACAUGAUACUCGAACAAGCUCAAUAUGCUCCAUCCUAUUAUGUGGAAUUAUCAGGGACUCACAAAGAGACCGAGCGUCGGCAUAAGAAAGAUUCGACCGAGACCAUUACCGAUUUUCACAUUCGUCUGAAUUUAACACAUUUACUCACGACCGGAAUAAGAACUGGUGGGAAACUGGAGAUCUUGCCGGAUAAUCAGAAAGGAUAUCGUGGAGGAAUAAUCAAAUCCUUCGAACCCUCUCUUUCUAAUGCCGAUAUAGAGUUGGGCUCGACUGGAGAUGAAUUACAAGCGUGGUGUCAUAAAUUCGUCUCGGAUCCAUCUAGCAUGAAGUCUUUUACGUUCGAGCGCAAAAUUAUAAAUCACGAUAAGAGUCAACUAGAGGAUCUCUUACGACGUAUCGUUAUAUCUUUGAAUUAUCGCGGUCAGGUUUACGUACAUUUUCCCACUACCCACAAACGAGUCAUUGUGUAUUCGCCUCACAUUAUAAACGAAUGGCGGAUGACCCCUUGGAUUCGCUGGUUCUUCUAUCUCACAUUCUUAUGGGUAUUAUCCUGGCCAAUCCUGUUUCUUAUUACUCGUCGCUACGAGGUUGUGAAAGCCAUAUAUCAAUACGCCGACCGACCCCCAGGAGUAAGUGUCUCAACACGAAAAGCAACCGUGCAAAGCGAGGCUGAAUUUGUUAAACACUGGGAAGCCGCAUUGAGAUCCGCAAUAUCGGGACGCAUGAUCAAAAAGAAUGCUUGUCUGGAUGAAGAUUAUAGAAUACAGAUAUUACAAGAUGAGGUCGCUAGGGGUCAACAAGCAGCACGUAUUCUACAGGGUACUACCGGUGACGCGUUCGCGGAUGGGGCUAUUGGAAUUAUGGCGGCCGCGACAACGUUGGUUGGAGAGUUUAACGAGACGAGGGGUUGGGGAUAUGAUUCUUAG